AUGUGUUACUAUGGGAGAUACUAUGGAGGCCUGGGAUAUGGUUAUGGUGGCCUAGGCUAUGGCUAUGGCUGUGGCUAUGGUGGCUAUGGCUGUGGCUAUGGCUAUGGCUGCUGCCGCCCACUGUGCUGUAGAAGGUAUUGGUCUUAUGGCUUCUACUGA